ACUGUAUAAAUGGAGCAAAGCUUCUGAUACUAUAACAUCACCGUGCAUGACUUUCGCCCUUAUAAUGCUGGUUUAUUGCUGAUGCAUUUAUGACAACCCAUGUGCUACCAUGGCCUCUGCCUUGAUUUCUGGGGUUGCUUUUCAGUUUGAGUAGCCAUGGUUCCUUGUUUCAACCAUAUUGCGUGUUAUGACAUUUGCUUUAUCAUCGUUCACGUAUAAUUUGUACUGACUGUUAUUUGCCGGCCGUGUUUAGCACGGAAAAGACAGCCUCGCCGAUUGGGACGUAAUGUAAUAGUGGUUUGCCCCUGUGAGAUCAUCGACUCCGCCUCGACUAUUCUGGCUCCAGAAAGUAUUGCUUAUAUAGAUCUUGCGACUCUCUCAUUGUACAAUCUUCCGAAAUGUCCCAAGCCAACACUUCCGGUAAGCCUAGGCCCUAUGGUGGUUAUGCUGUCCCCCAAACCAUCGCAAGCUUACAAUUCCCCCGAAGACUUACCGAUGUAUCCCUUUGCUCGUCCUCCAAAAUCAUAUGAUCCGCCUGCUGAAUUAGCAGAGCUUAGGCAUCGGGGUCCCACUGAAAGGGUCCAGCUUUUCGAUGGGAGACCAGCGUGGAUCGUUACUAGGGACAAAGAGGUUCGUGAGAUGUUGAGCAGUGAUAAAUUCUCCAAUGACCGAUACAAUCGUGAUGGAUACCCCGAGAUUCAUAGUGGUACGAAGAAAGACGGGGUCAGGCCAACGUUCGUCCACAUGGAUGAUCCGAAACACGCGAGGCACAGAGCUAUGACGGAGAGCUUUUUCACCCCGGAAGCGACUGAAGCAGUCAAACCACAGGUUCAGGAAGUCGUGGACUCGUUGAUCGACUCGAUCAAAGAACGAGGCUGUAACAAUGGCCCUAUCGACCUCGUCAAAGAGCUUGCCACAGUAGUUAACCCAAAGGUUAUCUUACUGUCCAUUCUGAAAGUCUCCGAAAAGGAGGCCAAUGAGCUUAUCCAGUCGAGCUCCGCGCUCGGAGGCACAAGCGGAUCGGCGUCUGAGUCUGGCCAUACAGACUUGCACGAAUACAUUAGCCAAUUGAUUGAUGCGCGAAUAGAGAAACCUGGCAGGCCACAGGAUGACCUGCUUAGCAAGCUCGUGGUGGACGAGUAUAGACAAGCGAACCUCGACCGAGACGACCUUAUCAAUCUUGUCUAUAUGAUCUUCGUGGCUGGGAAUUCGGCGAUUCAAAGUUCCAUUGUCCUGGGCGUUAUUACUUUGCUUCAACACCAGGAUCAGCUCGAGGAGCUCAAGGAGAAUCCUGAAUUAGCGGGGCGAGUUGUUGAGGAGAUCUUGAGAUAUCAUACUCCAUCUGCUUUAAAUAGCAGACGUGUCACAACAACUGAUCUCACGCUUGGUGGGAAGAAAAUCAAAUCGGGUUCCGGGGUCAUCGGCUCCGUGCGAUCCGCCAACCGCGAUGAAAGGGUGUACCCAGAUGCAGACAAGUUCAGCAUCCACCGUCAAGUUGACCCGCAUCAAAACCUGGCAUUCGGGCAUGGCCCGCAUAAAUGUCAGGGGCAGUGGCUCUCCCGGCUGGAGUUGCAGGCCAUCUUCAGUAAGAUAAUUAUUCCUGUUUUCUUGCUGUGCGUCGGCAAUUGUGUUGUAAGGCUAAGUGGUGUUUUGCCUGCAACAGGCUCCCUAUUCCGCAAGCUUCCGAACCUACGGCUGGCGAUUGAGCCCUCUGAACUGGAAUAUACUUCGCCAACGCAAAAUGUUGGGGUUCUACGACUUCCUGUGGUAUUUUGAUGGUGCCAUGCCAGCUGGGUUAUGUAAUGGAAUGGAUAUCAUAGGCGAAUAGUAUCUCUAGGUAGUUAAUAUGAUGUAUGCUUC